CGCCACUCCUCCCUCCCUCCCUGCCGUGCUCCAGCAGCAGCACACGCGGCGCGCGCCUCCAGGAGCUCACAAGCCAACAGGACACACACACACAGCCUGUACUCAUCACAUCCGCUACACCAACAGGUUAUUGUAGGUUUAUGCCUAUUAUCAUCAUCAUCAGUAUCAUUAUAAUUUGUAACUGUACAAUUAAGAAUGACUCAGAGUGCGGCUGCGGUGACCAACAUCUGACGGUGAACAUCGCGCGGGUCACGCCGUCAUCCUCCGUCAGCGACUCCUCCCAUGUCCACCAGGCGACUCGUGACGCCGCCCCCCCCCCCCCCCACGACUCGCCGUCCUCGACUCCGACGUGACCAUCGCUGCUGACCAACUUCCCGCCGCCAUACGCCAGAGAACGCGACUGUAGUGUGGGUGCGCGGCCAGGCUGGGUGGCGGUGCGUUAGGGCGCAUUAGUUAUUUGUUGUUAUUUGGCGGUUGUUGUUGUUGUUGUUGUUUGUUGGGAGUGUAGUGUAGUGGUUAGCGCGAUGCGCUACGGCCCCGGUGACCCGAGUUCGAUUCCCUCUCAUUGCCGCCAACGCCAGUGACGAUUAUCUGAACCGGGCCUCACCUACGUUGACUCAGCCUCAAAUGAGUACCCGCUGCGGAGUGUAAACAUCGCCACUGGGGAGACGAAUGCGGCCGGGCGUGGUGCUGGCCACCCACCCCCUAGUUCGCAGGGUUGGCCUUCAUAGGUGCUACUCGCUAACAGCACUUGCCCCAACAGUCUGUUAAGGCUACACGGGGGUCGUUGUCUUUGUUUUUGUACGUGUCUGUGUGUGUUGGGCUGUAUUUAUUAUAGUGGUAGUGUAGUGGUUGGUACGCUACGCCUCGACCUCAGUGGCCCGAGUUCGAUUCCCGCUCACGGCCACCAACGCCAGUGACGAUUGUCUGCACCGGUCCUGGGCCUCGCAUAGGUUGACUCAGCCUCAAAUGAUUACCUGGUGCGGUGUGUAAACAUUGUUACUCGGGAGACAAAGGCGUCCGGGCGUGGUUCUGACAACCAACCCCCUCGUGUACGGUCCCGGCCUUCAUAGGUGCUGCUCGCUAAUAGCACUUUUUCCCCAACAGUCCGCUAAGGCUAUACGGGGGAUCUUUGUCUUUGUGUGUGUGUAGUUACAAAUAUUCACGUCGCUAUAUGGGACGCGGCUUACAGGAUCCGGGUGGCAUUACCGCACAGAGAUUAGGAUCGCGUCUCCGGUGUGGCAAUGGGCUGUUCGAGUCGCCCUCUCUUCCCAACAACAGCUGCUGCCCUACUUAAUUUUUAACGAGCUCGUGAUAAGAGUUUCCAAUUAACGUGGUCUCGUGUGCGCGGGUGUCAACGGCUACGCAGACGCAUUGAACAUUGUGCAGUCUUCCAUUGCAUUUAUUUAAUAGGUUGCUUUCUGUGCUCUAUUUACAUAGCGCGUUUGUGUUUUCUCUCGAGGGGCUCUCUGGAUCUUCCUCUAGCGGAGUCCCCCUCCCGCCAGCAGCGGCGUGAGCACACAGUUGCAGGGCUUGCACAUUUACCUAUUGCCAGUGCAACGUUGAAUGUGACUCGUUUAAUGGGUGGAGGGGUUAAUCCACAAACGUGGGGUGCCGAUAACGCAGCCUCCGGCCAACAGCGUGCGUCAGCACCGCAGACAGCUCCCCGGCUGAGGAUGAUAGCCCAGUUAUAGAGCACUGAUAGAGCGAGCAGUUAUAGCCCAGUCAUAGAGACCAGUGGUAGACCGGUGAUAAACCAUUGAUAGACCAGUCAUAGAGCAGCGAUACAAGUGAUAAGAGUAAUGGACCAGUGCUAGACCAGUCAAAACAUCUUCGUAUAGAUCUCCCUCUCACAUUCUCGCAGUUUACUUGAUCGGUCUACGUUUAACCUGUCGCACUGUAGGGUCAUGUCGACGCUGGACGCAACCAAUCACCCCCGCCCACCCGCCCCGCUUAGAGCGCGUGCAUUCGUGCUUCGACAGUUAUAAUAAUCAAGCGAGAGGAAUAUUUUCUGCAAGUUCGUGGCGAGGUGAGAGAAGAUCGUAACGAGGAUCAGUGGAGGUCAUCGCGGUUGCUGAGUGCGCGCGCGGUGCAGCAAAUACACCGGAGGCCCCACGGGCCGAAUAAGAGGGGAGCGAUUGGACUGGGUUCACGCCAACCACGCUCCGCCACUGCCCGUUGCCGAAUGGAAGAUCAGGGGAUGCGGACACCACGAGCUGUGGCUUGAAUAUCACCACCACCAUCACCACGACCGCUUUAUCGCAGCCCGAGCGCUUCAGGGCCGUGAACGUGAAUUUACUCAACAGAGCCAUGUGGAUGCACGGCCUUCCAACUGCUCCUGCACCCCUGCCUCCAACUCCUCCUCCUCCUCCACCUCCUGCUACUGCGACUGCUGCGACUGCAGGAGCUCCAGCCGAGUGGCUCCCGCACGCAGCCGCCACCGCCGCGAACUGAACCAUCGGGAGUCCACGCUGCGCACCCUGUGCGCGCGUUGAAGGGCCACCACAACCACCACCACUACUAAAGACAAAGAUCCCCCAUAUAGCCCAUUCAGGCUGUCGGGGCAGGUGCUGUUCGCGAGCACCAUCAGGACUAUCAAGCACCACAACCGCCACCACCCCCACCUCUAGCGGUGCCGCAUCUCGGCGCGCACGCCGCGGCCGCGAUGCUCACGUGCGUGGCCUGCUUCUGGUGCCUGCUGUCGCUCGCCCUGCUCGCAGCCUGCAGCCUGGGACUCGUCUCCCCCGCCUGGCUCGCCCGGACCGCGGCCAGUGCCGCCAGCGGUGGCGGCAGCGGCGGUGUGGCAGGGGUCGGGGGAGCCGGCAUGGUCAGCCUCGGCCUCUUCGGCUACUGCGGAGGGGGGCCGACCCCCGGCUCCGUGCCCCUGGGAGGCCCCGCGGGAGGAGGAGGCUCGGGGCCCGGGCAGGUGGCGACGCACGCGUGCAGCACGUACGGAGGCAGGGGGCGCUUCGGGGACAUCCCCUCGGCGGCGUGGCAGGUGAGCGUGGUGCUGUGUGGGGGCGGCUGCUCGCUGCUGGCCGUCAGCUCGCUGCUCGCCGUGCUCUGCCUCGUGCUGCCCGAGGGGGAGGGCGAGCGGCGCGCGUGCACGCUCGCGGGGUGCGCGCAGUCCGCCGCAGUGAUAAUCAUGGGGGCUGGCCUGCUCGUGUUUCCGCUGGGCUUGGGCAGUCCAUUUGCCCGGCAGCAGUGCGGAGACUCGGCGCCCUUCUGGGCUGGCGACUGCCAGCUCGCGUGGGGCUACACGCUGGCCAUUGUUGGCGUGCUCCUGGCGGCCUUCCUGCCGUACUUCGCCCGCUAUGUGCCCCGGGACCCGUCCCCUUACCCAACUCCCAUACCCACCAGUCUGUGAGAUGCACGCACGCGGCUUACGUGCCCGUGAAUGGAACCCCGGGAUGAUCACCCGCACACACAGCGAUCCCCCGUGCAGGCCACGCAGACUGUUGGAGCAAGUGCUGUACCAAUGAAGGCCGGCACGUCACGAAUGGAGGUGAUGUGGCCAGAACGACGCCCGACCGCCACUGCGGAGACGGGACCGGUUCAGACAUUCGUCACUGAUGUUGGCCGUGAACACGACUGAACUUGGGUCGCAGUGCAGUGUGCCAUCCAAUUCACUACCGCGCCCCACACAUACACAACAGCCACCAUUCACCACUAAGUGGCGGUGACAUCAUCACUGCUUGUGCCAGGCUAGGUGAACUUUGAGGCCACGUAAAUGGUCAAGUGUCGAAGGCUCGCAGACAACAACAGUUCACGGGACAGACCCAGGUGCUAUGGGUUAACUGACUGAGAUGACUGGCAGAUGCACUGCCUGUGCUCUCGACUGUGGCACAGUUGACACACAUAUACAAACACAUUCAUACGUGUACAACAUGUUGUAUAUGUGGGUGGGAGUGUGAUGCAAAAUGAGAAAAAUAUGAACUCAUGGCAAGCACAAAUCUCAACCAUGGUCCAUAUCACAUCAAUCAGUAUGGUUCACACUUAUGUACAACAAAUUCCAGCUCUUUCUUGAUAUCCUUUAACCAUGCUCAAUAUACAUUACAGCUGUUUCAAUUUGAUAACGGUUCAAUGCCAUGGAUGCUGACGUUAUUACAAAAAAAAACUUUCGACUACGUCUACAUAAGACAAGUCAACCACACAGCACGGUUAGGUGACAUGUCAAAACGAGAUCAAUGCAUCCGUCUGUGUGUAGGGCUGAAGAUAGCUGAUUACAAAAGCUGCGAAAAGGGGACAUCUAAUGGCUGCGCGGAAUUGAUUGCACACCCCCUGCCGCCUUUUGAAGAGACAAAAUCAAAAACUGCAGUCCGCGGAGUGAGCAUUGCAUUGUUGCUAUCCUGCCACAAAGCUCGCCGGCUGACAGGAGUAACGGACUCUUAACAACUGCGCUCUAAUAAUGACAAAUGUUGCGAGCUUUAAGGUGAAUGAGCAACAACGCAGCAUGUCAUAAAAACACAUCCACACAAUGACAACGCAGCAUGUCAUAAAAAAAGCAUCCACACAAUGACAACGCAGCAUGUCAUAAAAAGGCAUCCACACAAUGACAACGCAGCGAUGGACCCCAGUAGGUUUCGGCAGCGAAGUCUGCGGUUCUUGACGAAGGAUUAUAACGUAGAGCAAGAGAUACACUGUACAUGCGCGUCUGUGUGUGUGUGCGUGUGCCAUGUAUUCAUUAUCUGUUUUGUCAUGAUCGCACAGCUGCGAUACAUCUCAUUUUCAGCUGCGGCCCUGCUGAUGGCACAGGGUCGUGUGAUGUUACGCAGGGCAGGCAGUCCGUAUUUGUAGGCGCGCAAGACAAGCUGUUAACACAGCUGAUGUGCCAUAUCAGUAAAUAUAACAUGACACAAAAGGUAUUCACAAAAAAAGGUAUUUCCAGAUGCAAAAUACUUCAGGUCACUCGAGUAAUAUAAUCGUACAUUGUAAAUGUCAUGUUUAAUCACCAAGAUAUAUCAAAAUUACAAUUUAAAAUAAACAGCGUUACAUUAUUUGACAGUAUAGAGAUACACUGAACAGGCAGGUUUUUUUUGUUUUAACUCCAAUGUCAUUCUAUGCCACUUAAAAUUAACAGACAAAAAAGGGUUUAUGAAAAAAAAGUUGCCAUCCAUCAACAUAAUAUGAAAGGUCGCCAAUUUGAAUAUCCGCCGUACCGGAACAAAUGAGGCAUGGGUAGGGAGAAGUCACUAUGUAAUCGCUCGCGUGACAUUCAAAAGCAGAAACACACAAGAGUCUCGAAGACGUAAAAAAGAUGUGACUGGCAGCAGUGCUGUAAGCACGUGACAUUCUGACACUCGAACAGCGAGCAGGUCCUUCAACAAGCUUCCAUUCCAACCCACACGUGGAUACGAAACGGACUGCUCGUGCACGUUGAACCAUUGAAUGCUGAGUGUUUCGAGGAGUCUGGUAACAACUUUGAUCUUAAUAACAAUUAAAGGCUGUUUACCACAGAUGAAUAAAAAUGUACCAUUUUAGUCAAACUUGUUUUUUGAAUCUUUCACAACGGUUUGUCUUCUUGUAAAGUUUGCAUGGUAUAUUAAGCUUAUUGUGAAAAAUGACACGACAAUUUAUACUUACCCCUAUCAACUCAGUAACGUGAUCUGCGUAUUUGUUUAAAAUCACUAUUGUACGAUUGGGCCUAAUUAACUUUUCCCAGGUAUUACUGAACUUAGAAAAGAGUGCCGUGUUUGUAAUGUGAAUCGCUGCACAGUUAGUUUUUAUUGGCGUCGUAACAAUUUAUCAAUUAGGGUGAAGUUUCAUUAUUUUUUAUGGGCAAUUUGAAAUUCAAGUUUCAUUAUUCGUUCGUCACAUGCAAAAUAGGAUUUUUUAAUGCAUGCAACGUGCUAUAUUUGACACUAUACCAACCAAACCCUAUUCAUGUCUCUUGGAUUAAAAAACCCCGUUAAAUUCACAUUUUGUUCUCAAAAUCUGAAAUUUGAUGGCCGUGCAGACGGUGUCACUGUUAUUAACGCCGACUCGAAGAAAUGCACCAGGAAUUGUUGAAUACAUAAUGUACAGUUUUAUUGCGUCGCUGAAUUUCAACAAAAAUGGAGGGGUUCUAUUUUCAAGAAUAUUUGUUGAGAUUAAAGAUCACAGGAAACUUUGGAAAGUGAUUUUCUGACUUAAGGGAGCUUCCAAGUCUGACUACUGAACUAAAUGGUUAUGGUACUACAAGUGGAGAUUUAAUUUUUAAAGAAUGGCAACGUGAAAUUUUCAUUUUGAUUCUACUGCUACCGGUUAUCAAUAUUGUUAUAAUCAAAUGUGCAGUAUAUUUCUUUCACCGCAUUAUUACUUUGUCGUUAUAAGCCAUUUCCAUGCACAUGCCCUCAAACAAUUCUGCAAAAAAAAAACUUUUUUGGAAAUAUUAUUUACAAUGUAUUUAAACAUCGUUGCAAUGAACUAAUUGAUGGGUUAAUUACUUUUUAACCGUUUUGUUUGAUACGUAAUUGUGACUGUGUGCACACCAUAACAGAAUGAAACGGCAUAUGGGGAUGAAUUGGGAUUAGUAAUGAAUAUGUUCACACUCAGAAUUCUAAAUCUCUGUUUGUAGUAAUGAAGGUGCUUUACAGUUCUGUAAUGGUAUAACCUUAAAAAUGAGGGCCACAAAAAUUAAAUGCAUUAAUCUAACUCACAUUUAUGUGCUGUGUAUUAGAAUGAGAUCCAUUAGUAUGUUAAUUAAACGUGCACUGUAGGCUCAUUUGGGUCAGUCACGAUCCAAUUUAUUUUACAAUAACAUGUCGUAUGGUGACUUUACCUGGUGUAUAACUUUGGCAUGUCAAUUUCACUAAAUCCCAUGAAAACAAAUAUGUUACCCUUGUCUGUAUUUUAAUGUGUGUAGAACUACCUUCCUCAAUCGAGGAUUGCUAUCCCUGGAUUUUUAUUCAUGCAGAUGCUACGAAAUUGUUCCAUGAUUAUGGAUAUUUAUAUGGAAAUUGAAUUGUGAGUAAAAUAUUGUUAAUACAGAUGAUGUUGAGCUGAGCUGAACUCAAUCAUUUACUACACAACAGGUUGGAAUUACAUGUUUCACAUUAAUAUCUGGUUUGA